UAAGACCAGACUAAUCACGCCUCUAUCGAUUUCUUAUAAGAAAGGAAAACGAACGAGCGUGUUAUCGAGUGCAACAUUUGCGAUUUGCCCUGCUGCGCGCGUGCACUUUUUAAUAAUCUCCCGUAUAAAUCAGAUAUCCGUGUGCAUUUCGAACGCGCUUCGCCAACACACACACAAAAUUAAGUAAAAAGUAUAACAGGAAUUGCAAAUAGCGAAAAACAAAAGCUUAAACCGUCGAGUGUGAAAAUUUCAAGCUAAAAGCAAAGCGAAGCUAAGAGCGCGUGCAAUAGCAAGCAGCGAGAGAGGCUAAUCCCGCGGACGAUCCAGGACGAACCAGGAGGACAAGCACAAGGAGCAGCAGUAGCAGAGCACCAGGUGGUGGAGCAGGAGCUGGCGCGUCUGGGGCAGUGAUACGUGAUCAACUCUCUCAGGUGGGAAGGUUAGCAGCAACCAGCAACCAGCAACCAGCAGCCAGCAGCAGUCAGCAGUCGAGGACGCAGGCGGGGCAGUCGGAGGAUCGGGCAACCAUGUCUUCGCCGGCGGCUCAGAGCAACAGCAGCAGCAGCCAGUCGCAGUCCGCAGCCCAGCAGCAGCAGCAGAAUCAAAAGGCCAAUGUCAACAACACACACGACAACAAGAAUGCCGCGGCGACGACGGGGACAGCGGGGGGAUCGGGUUCAGGUUCGGGAUCAGGAUCAGCCGGAGCGGCAGGCUCGGCGGGCACACAGCAGCAGGGUCAGGGCGGCACUGGUAACUCGAGCGGUCCAUCCAGUCCCACCAAGCGCAGCACAAUAUCGACAAAGGAGCGUGUGAUCGACAGCGUGGCAUUUCCGCCAAGCCGUAAACUCACCUGCGCGGAUGUGUUUGAUGCACGGACCGGCAAGCCGCAGCACGAUGUCCUCAAGCAGCACUUCAUCCUGGAGGGCAGGAUCGAGGAGAGCGCCGCCCUGCGCAUCAUCCAGGAAGGCGCCACGCUGCUGCGCACGGAAAAGACGAUGAUCGACAUUGAGGCGCCGGUGACGGUGUGCGGCGAUAUUCAUGGCCAGUUCUACGAUCUAAUGAAGCUAUUCGAGAUUGGAGGCUCGCCGGCGACCACCAAGUAUCUGUUCCUGGGCGACUACGUCGAUCGGGGCUACUUCAGCAUCGAGUGCGUCCUGUAUUUGUGGUCGCUGAAGAUCACCUAUCCGCAGACGCUGUUCCUGCUGCGCGGCAACCACGAGUGCCGGCACUUAACCGAGUACUUCACCUUCAAGCAGGAGUGCAAGAUCAAGUACUCGGAGCGCGUGUACGACGCCUGCAUGGACGCAUUCGACUGCCUGCCGCUGGCGGCGCUCAUGAACCAGCAGUUCCUCUGCGUGCACGGCGGCCUGUCGCCCGAGAUACACGAGCUGGAGGACAUCCGGCGGCUCGACCGCUUCAAGGAGCCGCCCGCCUUCGGCCCCAUGUGCGACCUGCUGUGGUCCGAUCCGCUGGAGGACUUCGGCAACGAGAAGAACUCGGACUUCUACACGCACAACUCCGUGCGCGGCUGCUCGUACUUCUACAGCUACGCCGCCUGCUGCGACUUCCUGCAGAACAACAACCUGCUGUCGAUCAUCCGGGCGCACGAGGCGCAGGACGCCGGCUACCGCAUGUACCGCAAGAGCCAGACCACCGGCUUCCCCUCGCUGAUCACCAUCUUCUCGGCGCCCAACUAUCUCGACGUGUACAACAACAAGGCGGCGGUGCUGAAGUACGAGAACAACGUGAUGAACAUCCGGCAGUUCAACUGCUCGCCGCACCCGUACUGGCUGCCCAACUUCAUGGACGUGUUCACCUGGUCGCUGCCCUUCGUGGGCGAGAAGGUCACCGAGAUGCUGGUGAACGUGCUGAACAUCUGCUCCGACGACGAGCUCAUGACCGAGGAGAGCGAGGAGCCGCUCUCCGACGACGAGGCGGCGCUGCGCAAGGAGGUGAUCCGCAACAAGAUCCGUGCCAUCGGCAAGAUGGCGCGCGUCUUCUCCGUGCUGCGCGAGGAGUCCGAGUCGGUGCUGCAGCUGAAGGGCCUGACGCCCACGGGCGCCCUGCCCCUCGGCGCCCUCUCCGGCGGCAAGCAGUCGCUCAAGAACGCCAUGCAGGGCUUCUCGCCCAACCACAAGAUUACCUCGUUCGCGGAGGCCAAGGGCCUGGAUGCCGUCAACGAACGGAUGCCGCCGCGUCGGGAUGCAACGCCCUCGCCGGCGGAGGAGGGUCAGAAAUCACUGUCAGCCGCGGCAGCAGCAGCGGCCAAUGCAAAUGCGAAUUCAAUCAAUGGAUAAUUCUAAGUCAGUUAGCACCAGCCACAGCUGCAGCUACAUAACCAGUCAAGUUAGUCAGUCGGAUCGAUGGUUCCUCUAGGGAUCCGUUUGAUCCGGUGGAUCGGAGGAUCGGAGGAUCGGAGGAGGAUCAUGGAUGGUAUCGCAGGAGGAGGAGCAGCAAAGUCAGUUGGUAGUCGACAGUUAAGCAGCGAACGGUGGGAGGGAGUCAGCAAAUACAGUUCGGAACAUAGGAAUAGUCUCAAGUUCGGCUCAAAGAAGAUAAACACUGGGCAUACAGACAUAGAACACAACAAAUUGCAAGAUCCUUUAUAGUAUAGAAGGCGAAAUUGAUCAAGGAUAGUAGGGAGCAAGAGCAGAGACACCACCACCAUCACCACCACCACCACAACAACAACAAAGAACAACAACAACAGCAGCAGCAACAUCAGCCACUACAACAACAACAAGAGGAGCAGCAGCAACACAGCAAGCGUUAACGAGUACUUAUUGGUAUUAAAUGCAGAACAACAACACCCCCUAAAAUGGAAGCUAAUUAUAAAGUUGAAUGAUUAUAGAAUUACAUAUAUAUAUAGCAGAAUAUAUAUAUAUAUAUAUAUAUAUCAAAAUUUUUGUGCAACGUUAUAUCAAAAGAGCAAAUGUAAAAGCUAAGCAGAAAAGUAUUACAGUGCGCAUGCGCGCCUGUCUUUUGGCAAGCAGUUGACAAGAAAGCAGUAGAUAUGAAGCAGUUGCCAGUUGCGCGCAUUUCCCCAUUCAAGAAGAACAUGAAGAAGAAGAAGAAGAAUAUGUAGAAGAAGAAGAUAGAAAGAUUUAAAGAGGCAAACCAAAAACACUUAAUAAAAGCAAAUUAGGUAAUUUAAAUUAUUUGCUAACAAAUUGUAAGACGAAUCGAAAACCAAUCCUUCAUCUCUGUAAAGUCAAACCAAACGAAGUGACAAAACCAAACUAGAACUAAAGCUAGCAUCUAAACUGAAGCUGAAGCGAAAGCUGAGGCGAAUUCUACUAUUUUCGUUGUGUGGCGUCUGCGGCGACUUCUUCUCAACAACAAAUAUGAAAAACAAAUUCAAAUUAAAGAAAACGAUAGAAACAAGAAUAACUUCCUACAACAACAACAACAACAACAACAGCAACAGCAGCAACAAUAUUUUACUACAAUAUUUUAAUACAAGAACAAGAAACGACUGAAUCUCUCUCUAUCUAUCUAACUAUCCGACUCUUUCUCUCUCGCACACACAACAUCAAACACCACAAGCACACGUACACAUACACACACACACAAAACAUACAUACACCAACAGGCAGAGCGAUGAUCCAACUCAAAGUUGAUCGUCCCUUGCCAAUCGUUUAUCGGUAAUUGUUUAUCGUCGCCAUUGUCGCCUCACACUCUCUCAUCUGGUGAUUGUGUAUGUGGUCUUUAUAUACGUGCCAUCUUUGUCGUAGUCAUUAGCUGAAUAUAUAAUUAGUACACUUGCAUGGGCUGCAGCGAUGCAGGCGCCAGUGCUGAGUCAACCCACCCUCCUUCUCCACCUGCAGCCUGCCAGCAAUCAAAAUAAUCGUUAUCGAACCUAUCGAAAUAAUCGAAUCUCAAGGCGCGUCGAUAGGCUGUUGUCCAAAACUCUUCCCCGCUUCCCUCCAGCAUUUGCGUCUGCUUCGUCUUCGUGGUCGUGUGCAAAUCCUUUUUAUACUUAAUGGAAUUUUAGUUACUUUUUAAAGUCAAAGAGAAGAAGAUGUAGAGGAGAAUUAAAGGGGGAUAUGCAGAGAAUAGAAUAGAGCAGAGCUGAAAAAAAAAACAAGAAAAAAAUAAUUAAAAACGCGAAGCCUAACUAAUGAAGAUGUAAUUAACGUGUGCAAAGGGAAUUUUGUUAUUUCUUAAAUUUUUUUAUAUUUCUUGUUAUCUUUUUUAUAAUUUGUAUUUAUUGUAAACUAUUUAUAUAUAUACAUAUAUACACACACACAAUCAGCAACACACAUAAUAUAAAUACAUAAAUAUAUAUUUAUAAACUAAAUUGUUGUUUCUACUUCAUUAUUGUUUACUACACCUUUUUCUAUAAGCGUUAAGUAAUUUAAUUAAAUGAAUUUAAUAAAAUGAAAAUUUAAACAAACAAAAAACCGCCUGCAGCCAAAAAGGGCAUGGCGAAACGUUUUCUUAAACAAAAAUAAUUAUAUUCUACAAUAAGUCAUAAGGGAAAAAUCAUUAACAACAAAAACAGAAAAAAACAAAUACAAAAACCGAACUAUGUGAAUUAACUAUUAAGUUUAAAUUAUACAAGAUGAAAAUUAAACCAAAUAACGUUUACAACCAUUAACAAAAAUAAUAUGUUGAAACCAAAAAAAAGCAAACAAUUGUGCAGCAUGCAAAAACACAAAAAAAAGAUAAAAACUUAUAACAAUUUUUCAAAUUCGACAAGACAACAAACAAACCCAAUUUAAAGUUUAAAGAACAUGUAAUACAAAAUGCAAACUUAUAGCAAUUUGAAGUACUUUAUAAACAAAUAUACAUACAUACGCCUAAGAGAACGUAUAUACACAUAUAUAUAUAUAUAUAUACAUAUAUAUAUAUAUUUGAAAUAGUUAAGGGUCGAAGUUGGUACAAUAUGAUUAUGCGCACGGCUCAUUUGCGAAUACAAAUGAUACGCCAGCCCACUUUUUCGAGUGUAAGCCGUUGGAUUUCAAUUUGCAAACAAGGUUUUAGUGUAGUAAUAGCUUUUGUGACUAACUAACGUGCAAAUUGAGUUAGUUCGCUUUGUAUUGGCCAAUAAGCCGUGCGCGUAUAGGCCAAGUAUGAGACGAAAAGAGAAGGAGACAAAGACGAAGACGAAGAGCGAGCAGCAGCUAAUCGAACAUGAUACAAACACAAGCAUAGAAAACAGAGAGUGCGAAAGCGAUGUGCAAAAGUGCAAAAGUGCAGCAGCAAUCAGAAGAAAAACAGUUAAAAGUCGGUGGUGACAAACUCAAGUUGUUAUGUUGAUAGGCACCCAAAAUGAACAACACACACACAGAAACACAUACCGCAGCAUUGCUUUUUGCGAGCGAGGGGAGGGAAAGCAUCGAAAGCAUGCUCGGCGAGCAGAGCGGCAAGAAGAAAGCAUGCUUUCGGCUCCGGCUUUGUUUCCACUUUCCGCUUCUUCCUCGCGUGUUUUUUGCCUUUGCGCGGGUGCCCAUGCGCAUCAGCGGCUACGUCAUCAAGCAGUUAAUGGUUACAGAUGAUUUAGAUUUAUAUAUAUUUACAUAUAUAUAUAUAUAUACCUAUAUAUAUAUAUAUAUAUAUAUCCAUAUACAAUAUAAACGGAUCUAAUGUUAAGCGUUUCACACACGGACACAACAAUUUACAAGACGUUUAUGCAUUUCGAUUCAAUGAAAAAUCAAGAAUACGAAUAAUACAAAUAUUAUAAACAAUAAUUACAAUAAAGGAUUACAGCAAGCAAGCUCUUACUAUUAUUUUUAAAGUAAAUGAAAACUUUUUAACAAAUUACCGCAACCCGUAUACAUAUGUAUAGCAUAUAACUGAAUACUUUUCUCUCCUCCAACGUUCCCACAAUAAAAAAAAAAUUGAAGAAAAAAAAAAUGAAAAAUUACAAAUUAGCGCGCUCUUCUAACAUAAAAAAAAAGCAAAUGCAAAACCAAAGUACAUUUAAUUAAUAUACACAUAUAUGAGAAGAAACCAAAAACCAAAAUAUAUAACAUAUUACGAGUAAGCAAAUAAUAUAUAAAAAAUACUUUUAUACUAUAUACACGAAGCCUAAGAACUAAACAAAAGCGAAACAAAAUUAUAAUAACGACUACCCCUCUCGCUCUAACCUCUCCAAUCUCCCGUUGUCCUGCUCUUCUCUCUCGCUCUCUUUCUAAUACUCCCUCUCCAUCUCUCUCUCUCUCUCCGUCUCUCUCGCACUGUGAAACUCCCGACUCGACUUCGACCUUGACCCUUUAUCUCCUUUCUCUCUCUAUCUCUAUGUCUUUCUCUCUGUCGUUUCGGUGACCUCAGAAGAGAAGCCAGCAAAAAUGCGAAAACCAAAACCAAAAGCAAAGGGAAAUAACACUUUUUAUCGGUACAUUUUCUACUACACCAUAUGUAUAUGAAUAGGAAAUACAGAGAAGAAGAUGAAGAAGAAGCGAAUAUAAAGUUAAAACCAAAUUACCAACUACAGCAAACCGCAAUUUCAAUAUUCAAAACGAAUGGGGUCCCAUUUUGAACUCGACUUUCGGCACCGUUUACAAAUCGCUUGAGUUUAAAAACCAUUUCGAAAGCUGUCCAUAUAUAUGGUAUGAAAAAGAAACGUAGCACACAUUUUGGCAGCUUUUGAAGUGUGAAAACGAUAUUUAAAGAUAGCCAAACGUGAUGAAAAAAUGCCCAUAAGAAACUAUACUCAAAUUUCAGCCGAAGGUUAAAAUCAGAUUGGCCGAUUACAAUCAAUUUCACACUCAGUUUAAUAUCGAGAAAACAAAAAAAAAAAAAUUGAACAAAAACGUUUUUAGAGUUUUUAUUGAAUUUCCGUUAGACUGUUAGUUUAUCGAUUAGCUUGAACUACUAUGUACAAUCAAAUAUUUAAGUCGCUUUAAGUAAGCCAUUUUGUUAACCAAUUGUUUUUUUUUUUUAUAAUCGUAUAUACACUUAUUAAAUUUAACGAGAAUAAAGAGAAAAUGGGAAGAUUUCUUGUUUUUCGUUUCCACUCAUCUCAUCCAUUGCAAUGCGAAUGAAAACCUUUUCAUCAUAUGUAUGUAUGUAUGUAAUUAUAUACGUUACCUUAAUUUUUUUGAUACAUGUAUUUUUCAACAUCUACUUCCUGCCCUCGAAUGCUUUAAAACUUUACACGAAAAAGAAAACAAUUUAAUAUAUAUUAUAAACAACAAAAAAAAAAAAAAACAAGAAAUGGACAAAGAAAAGCAAAAACAAAAAAACAAGAAAAACCAAGUGAAGAAAAAACCAAAAAACAAUUAAAACUUUACCUUUUGGAUAAAUCAAUUUAAAUGCAUAUUUUAUAUAUAUUUAAACAUUUAUUUAUAUAUAACAUGUAUGAUAAAUAUAAGUUGAAAAAACUUUGUCAAAGCAAAAAGUUUAUAUACUUAUAUUAAAAACAAAACAAAUGGAUGAAAGAUGGGAAAAGAAAAACCAAAAACCAAAAACAAAAUAAAUAAUAUUAAGAAUGCAACAUAACAAAUUAACAAACAAGAAAACAUCACAUCUAGAUAAAUCUCUUAAAAAUUUUCAAUUUUAUUAUUAAACCGAAACAAAAGUUAAUGGAUUAACAAAUUUAUAAACCGUAUUGCAAAUGGGCAGCUGGCUGGCAAAAAUUACAUUACAAUUUGCGCCGUUGUGACAAAAAUUGUAUGCAAUCCAAGGAAGAUAACAAAUUAAUUUACAAGAUAAAGAUGAUAAUGAUGGAGAUGUUGACGAUGUUGACGAUGGAGAAUAAAUGAAGGCAACAACAAAAUGCAGACAACAAGUUUUAACCUUAAGUGAAUGCAAAACAAAAUGAAGAAACCCAAUGAAAACAAAAUGAUUAUCAAUGUUAUUAACAUAAUUAAUAUUAACAAAAAGAAAAAAAACAAGCAAAAAAAAAAAACAAAUACAAAAACAUUAAAAAAAUAUACAAGUACCUAUCCUGAGAAUAAAAUGCGCGCACAUUUAUUAUUUCCUCUAAAA